GCAUUAACUCAAAACAAGCUCAAGCUACAUACAGACAAUUCUUCAGGCUCUUCAAAGUAUGUGUGCGAUGAGGAGCAUAGGUUAGUACCGCACGUGUGGCCACUUUUCCCAAACCUAUUCCACGCAAAAGUAGUUGCAAUUUCAUGGUUGAGCACCAGGUAGGUGUACAUACAAAAAUAACCCAAGCCAGUAUAAGUCACAUAAUUUCCCACUCAUAAUGUACCAUUACGUAAUA